AUGAAAGAUGAACGAAAACAUAUACGGGAGCUAGGACUAUGCAGAGUGCUGAAAGAUAGACAAGCUCAGAAAGAAAAAAAGAUCCGGAGAAUCAAAAUACCAACAAUAAAUUUUAGUGCAGUAGAUUAUAUUGACUUAAUUUCUAUUCCUGAAUGCAGUAUUACAGCUUCUCCUUUGCUAAAACAUAUUUCCAAUAAAGAUGUAAGGGAUAUGAUUGUUUCUCGGAAUCACAACAAUAUAGAGGUCUUAAACUGCCCCUUUCAUACCCAAUCCGUUAAAAGAACUGUUAAGUUAGUAACUGAAGCAUCAGCUACUCUUUGUGAACCAGAAUCAAGGAAUAGCUUUAUUCGUUUAAGGUUGCAGUCUUUUGUUGCAGUUUUUUCUUGUAAUAGAUAA